AUGCCGCGCUCCUUCCUGGUGGACUCGCUGGUGCUGCGCGAGGCGGGAGAGAAGAAGGCGCCGGAGGGCAGCCCGCCGCCGCUCUUUCCCUACGCGGUGCCUCCGCCGCACGCACUGCACGGCCUCUCGCCCGGCGCCUGCCACGCGCGCAAGGCCGGGCUGCUGUGCGUGUGCCCGCUCUGCGUCACCGCCUCCCAGCUGCACGGGCCGCCCGGACCGCCCGCGCUGCCUCUGCUCAAGGCGUCCUUCCCGCCCUUCGGCUCGCAGUAUUGCCACGCGCCCCUGGGCCGCCAGCACUCGGCCGUGUCGCCCGGGGUCGCUCACGGCCCCGCCGCCGCCGCCGCCGCCGCCGCGCUCUACCAGACCUCUUAUCAGCUGCCCGACCCCAGGCAAUUCCACUGCAUCUCCGUGGACAGCAGCUCGAACCAGCUGCCCAGCAGCAAGAGGAUGCGCACCGCGUUCACCAGCACGCAGCUGCUAGAGCUGGAGCGCGAGUUCGCCUCUAAUAUGUACCUGUCCCGCCUGCGCCGCAUCGAGAUCGCGACCUACCUGAAUCUGUCUGAGAAGCAGGUGAAGAUCUGGUUCCAGAACCGCCGGGUGAAGCACAAGAAGGAGGGCAAAGGCAGCAAUCACCGCGGCGGCGGCGGGAGCGCGGGUGCCAGCGCGGGCGCACCACAAGGCUGCAAGUGCGCGUCGCUCUCCUCAGCCAAGUGCUCGGAGGAUGACGACGAAUUGCCCAUGUCUCCGUCCUCUUCGGGGAAGGACGACCGGGAUCUCACGGUCACUCCCUAG